AUGGAAGCUAGCGGAAGUGCCCUUUCCGGUAGUGAGACGGACGAACCGAGAAGCGACGGAUUGAACGUAUCGUCCGGAUGUCCUAUGGCAAAGCGAAGGAAAAUCGAUUCAAAUGCAGCUAGCGGGAAGGGAAGUGAAAGCGAUGAGGAAAACUCAAACGAUGCGUCCCCGAAGGAGGCCGCCGGACCAGUAGAUAAUUUGAGACAGUUUGACGUGCUGGAUGAGGUGCAGGGUGAUAACUCAGACGAAGACUCGGAAACGGGUGGUGGAGAGGUGGACGAUGGCAGCUCGGAAGGAUCAGACGUCAACUAUGACGAUAUUGAAUCGAUGCUUGAUGAAGGGUUGCCGGAGGAGCUGCGAAACACGGCCAAGAAGCAGCCCUACGAGGAGCGCUUCAAGCAGGUGCUGGAAGAGAAGGGUCGGAAUCAUUUCGAAGUACUGCCGGAAGGAUGGGUUCAGGCAACGCACACAAGCGGAAUGCCUCUCUACCUGCACAAAGUAUCACGCGUUUGUACCGCUUCUAGACCGUACUUUCUUGGACCGGGCAGUGUGAGAAAACACGAAAUACCACUCAGUGCUAUACCCUGCCUCAACUAUCGCAAAGCACUCGAGAAGGAAGAGGCACUCAAAAAGGAGCUAGCGGAAGCAUCAGCCGCCCAAGCAUCGACUGCAAAUGGAACCGAAAACGGUGAAGCGACGAAUGACUCUUCCAACGAAGGGGAAACUACCAAAGAAGUGGCCGAAACGCCACCAGAGCGUCAGCUACACAAUGCCCAGCUGAGUAAAAUGAUUGCCGGCGCUACUACAACGGCCGAAGCACAGGCCAAUGCUAAAUUGCUUCCGCUAAAAGUGAGCGCCAAGAUUGAAACGGUAACGGAAAACCUAAAAGCACAAUCACUCACCCCGGACGCCGUGAUGGAUUACUGCAAAAAGUUGUUCCGCUUCAAGACGAUACGAGUGUUGCGGUUUAAGUCGUGGGCAGCGCGAAGAAAGUUCACCAAACAUCGAAAGCACAUCAAGAACUUGCAGCGCCCAACACUACCCGACGGUACGAAGCUGAUCACCUUUCCCAUGCUUAACAUCGAGGACGAACAGGGCAACCCACACGCACGGCCAAAGAAGGAAUGGAUCAUGAAUCCGAACGGCAAAAGUUACGUUUGCAUCCUGCACGAGUACGUGCAGCACGCGCUUCGUAAGCAACCGACGUACGAGUUUAAGGAGCUGGAAAAUGCGGCCACACCCUACUCGGCGACCGUCACGAUCAACGACCUAAAGUACGGUACGGGUUACGGAACGAGCAAAAAGCAGGCAAAGAGUGAAGCUGCCCGAGAAACGCUUGAAAUUCUCAUACCCGACAUGAAGGACAAAAUAACGGGCAAGGAUGGCAAGAGUGCCGCUAACGGAGGUGGUGGCUCCCAGCAGCAAUCAUCCGAUCUGCGGGAACUCUCCGUAUUCGAUGAGAUAAAAAUCGAAGAUCCACGAGUGGCUGAAUUUUGCGCCAAAACAACCGAACCCUCACCACAUGCCAUCUUGCUGACCUGCUUGCAGCGUAACUUUGGCCUCGGGGAAGUACACAUCAACUACGAGGUGAAUACGAUGAAACACCGCAAGAACGAAUUUACCAUGACGGUGGGCAAGCACGUGGCGACGGUUGCAUGUAAGAACAAGCGCGACGGCAAACAGCGUGCCUCACAGGCCAUCCUGCAGAUACUGCAUCCACACAUAAAGACUUGGGGUUCGCUGUUGCGAUUGUACGGCAAUCGGUCGGUCAAGUCGUACAAGGAGAAAAAGCAGGAAGAGCAAGAGAUUACCGUGCUGCAGAGUAAGGCGGCCAUUAAUCAACCAAACUAUGCGAUUCUGGAGAAGCUUAAGCAGGAAAUGUCAAAGCUCGAGGAGCGGCAGCGAAAUGUGCGAGUGAUUGGGAAGUUUGUGCCACCGUCCGAUGUUGAUCUACCGACCGGUGCUGGUGCGAAUCUGAAGAUCGUUGAUCUGUAG